AAACAAUGAAAGAAAAUGCCUUCGGAUCAAACGGCCAUCCCAUCCGCAGUCGAUAGCGACCUCGGAAAUGUUCCCCUACCGACGGCGGCAGUAGAUUCUCUCUCGUUGCUGAUGAUCGUCGUGGUGGCACUCUUCUGGGGUGCUACGAAUCCGUUCAUUCGGCGGGGAAGUCUCGGCUACAACAAUCUGAAAUCGCCGACCAAAUGGAGACAAAUUUGGCUGGAGGUCAAAUUCCUGAUCUCACGGUGGCAGUAUUUGCUCCCGCUAGCACUGAACCAGUUCGGGAGUGUUGUUUACGUCUUUGCCCUGCAGCGAACGGAACUUUCGUUGAUUGUUCCGAUGGCAAAUUCGCUGACGUUCGUGUUUACAGCCAUAACUGCACGGCUGCUCGGCGAGCAGGGCACCAGUUCGAAAACAUACACUGGAAUGGUGUUGGUUAUUGCUGGGACGGUACUCUGCAGUAUCGAGAAGGUUAUGUGAUAGAGAUUUGGCCAAAUUGUUAGGAUUUAAGUUUUUGAA